UUAAGUAGCGUACUGCACAUGCAGUUGUACAUCCCUGCUAUUAUUUAUUCCAAAUAAUAACAAAGCAAUUGGAUAAACUGACAAAAGUCACUCACCUCUUUAUGGAGAGAAUAAGGACUUGCAAACAGCAUGGCAAUUUUUAAAGCACGCGUAAAGGAAUUCGAGGAUAUUUUUGCACAAGAUGUCAUUGAGAUCAAACAGCUGCGCCAGCACACGUUUAAUGGUGUCCCCGAUGUGCUCAGUUUUCGAGCGCUGAGCUGGAAGAUGUUGUUAGGGUAUCUAGGGCCCAGGCGUAGCAACUGGUCGACAACGCUGACGCAGAAACGUGCGCUCUAUAAACAGUUCAUUAUGGAGCUUGUGCUUCCACCUGGUCAUACGCGUAAUGGCGGAGCUGACAGCGAUGAUGAUGAUGAUGAAUCAAGGGGCGUUGGCCUAAAAGAUCAUCCGCUCAGCGAGGGACCGGAAAGCGCUUGGAAUACGUUUUUCAACGAUAACGAAUUUUUGCUACAAAUUGAUAAAGAUGUGAGACGAUUAUGCCCAGACAUAUCGUUUUUCCAGCAGCCUACAGAGUAUCCAUGCGAAAUUGUGGUCCACAGCAAAGGGGAGCAAGGCCGAAGGUUACACGAACGAGUUGUACCCUCCGUUUUAAGCUCGGCAAAUGUGGAACGCAAAGGGCUGGGCGUGACCAAGAUAAACUUGAUUACAAAGCGCUCGGCGGAAAAUUACGCCGCUAUGGAAGAAGGUCAAGAAGCUCAUUGGGAGGUUGUGCAACGAAUAUUAUUUAUUUAUGCCAAACUGAAUCCCGGACAGGGUUAUGUACAAGGCAUGAAUGAGAUAGUUGGACCUAUAUUAUAUGUUAUGGCCUCUGAUCCUGAUCUCUCGAAUCGCGCACAUGCUGAGGCAGAUUGUUUCUUUUGUUUUACUGCGUUGAUGAGUGAGAUUCGAGACUUUUUUAUAAAAACGCUGGAUGAUGCUGAAGGUGGCAUAAGGUGCAUGAUGUCUAGGCUAUCGAAUAUGUUAAAAGCAAAAGAUGUAAGCAUCUACGAUCAUCUCAAGAGCCAAGAGUUGCAUCCACAGUACUACAGCUUCCGAUGGAUCAAUUUAUUGCUCUCACAAGAAUUUCCACUGCCUGAUGUGUUACGUAUAUGGGACUCUAUAUUCUCGGAUGAGAAUCGCUUCGAUUUUCUCAUUAAAAUAUGCUGCUCGAUGAUAUUAAUUCAAAGAGAGGCCAUCCUAGAGAACGACUUCGCCUCGAAUGUAAAGCUUCUGCAAAACUAUCCACCCAUUGAUAUUAAUGUUGUUCUAACGCACGCCGUUUCGCUGGCGUAGCAGUCGCCGUACUCGAAUUCGAAUUUAUGCCACAGCUUGCAUUUUC